CAGGUUUUCCAUCAGAAAUAAAUCGCUGCUAAAAUGAAUCAGCAAGGAUAUGUUGCAGCACCUCCAUAUUCUCAGCCCCAGCCAGGAAUGGGGGGAUUCUCUGCUGGUUUGGGGCAACCUGCUUCUUCACAUAUGUAUGGACACUAUGGUGACGUAAACUCAUCUUCUUCUGCAUCUCAAUCAGGUAAAGUAACAUCAAGGCAUUGGCCAUAUAGCGGUUGAUGUCUCCACUAUACUAGUGCAUGUCAUUAUCCAUAUCAUGACAUUACUGUUCAGUGGUACCUUGGUUGUCGAACGUAAUCCGUUCCAGGAGCCUGUUUGACUCCUGGAACCAUUCAAAAACCAAGACGCAGCUUCCGACUGGCUGCAGGAGCUUCCUGCACUCAAUCGGAAGCUGCAGAAGCCGCAUCAGACGUUCAGCUUCCAAAAAACGUUCACAAACUGGAACGCUCACUUUCAGGUUUGCAGCGUUCGGGAGCUGAUUUGUUUGGGAGCCAAGCCAUUCAACAACCAAGGUACCACUGUACUUGUUUAGAUUUAUUUUGCACUAUUAGUGAAAAGAAAAGCUCCUGGUUUAAUCAGGUAUUACAAUGGGAAGACCUUGAGCAAAGAAAGAUGUUUGGUCUUGGUAUUAUGUAGACUGUGCAUAUUCUGUGAGUGAUCUGCCAUCUAGAAUUUACAGUAAAUACUAGAGCAUAAUAUAACUUCCUGAGCAUUUAGACUUCCUUUUUAUGAAGUGCAUAAGUAAAUUCCAUACUUAUUUUGCUUUAGCUGUUGGUAAUGUGUACCUCAUUUAUGCAGUGAUUUUCUAUUGUUAUCCACUAUGUUCAUGCCUGUGUUUUACUUUAGCUAUGUUGAAACCUAAUGUGCCUUUCGGGUCUGCUGCUCCCAUUGGUUCACCAUCUCCUAGUGCUCACCAGUUUAACCAAACCAAUAUCCAGAAUGGGCCCAGCGCUACAGCACAACAAUCACAGAGGU